UUGGGGAUGAAGACUGCCGGUAUCUUGGCCCUGAUUAUUAGCCUCAGCAUAGUUGCAGAAUCUAAACUCUACACUCGAUGUAAACUGGCAAAAAUAUUUGUGAAGGCUGGCCUGGACAAUUACGGGGGAUUUAGCCUUGGAAACUGGAUCUGCAUGGCAUACUAUGAGAGCCGUUACAACACCUCAGUCCAGACUCUCCUGGAUGACGGAACCGUUGACUAUGGCAUUUUUCAGAUAAACAGUUAUACGUGGUGCAGAAGUGAGAGAUUACGGCAGAAGAAUCACUGCCACGUUGCUUGCUCAGCCUUGAUCACCGAUGACCUCACAGAUGCCAUUCUCUGUGCCAAGAAAAUUGUUAAAGAGACACAAGGGAUGAACUAUUGGCAGGGUUGGAAGAAACACUGUGAGGGCAAGGACUUGUCUGAGUGGAAGAAAGGCUGCGAGGUCUCCUGA